AGGCGGAGCGAGAGCCGGGAGCGGCGGUCGGCUUCCUCCGCCUCCCGCUCCCCACCUCGUACCCGCCUUCGGCUCCCCCCCUACCAGCGUCCCGCCCCGUGCUGCCGACUCCCCAGCACCUACCCGCGUUUCAUCAGGCGUGUGAGCUCACUGCGCUGCGGAGAACACGGCAGAUAUUUCUGCUGCAGGGACAGAAAGGUGACUCACUGGUGGCGGUGGCGGUACCGCCGCUGGCUGUGGUUUCCGCCUCCCGCCGCCCCUCGCCGCCGCCGCCGACGUCGGAGUCCGCCUCCCUCUCCGCCUCCGCCAGCGGUAUCACCUGUAACAGCAUUUCUGGAAUCGCUGGUAGUACCUUCACCACCAAUUUCGACACCGCGAUCUCCGAGUCCGCCUCCGCCAGCGGUAUCACCGGCAACAGCGUUUCUGGAAUCGCUGGUACCACCUCCAGUACCACCUCCGCCACCGGGACAUUCGAGGCAGCGUCUCUUUCCGCCUCCGCCACCGGCAUUUCAGGCACCGCUGCCACCGCCGCUGCUGCCACCGCCGCUGCUGACAUCAUCGCUGCUACAGCUGCUACCACCGCUACCACCACUGCUACCGCUGCUGCUACGGCCACCGCUGGUGCCACCUCCGGUACCGCCACCGUCGGUACCACCGCCGGUAUCGCCACCGCUGGUGCCACCUCCGUUACCACCAUCGCCGGUAUCACCUCCGAGUCCUUGUCCCACACCGCCUCCGCCACCGCUAUCACCUGUAACAGCGUUUCUGGCAUCGCUAGCGGUACCUCCGGAACUACCUCUGUUUGCCGCCGCGGCGUACCAGCCCUUGCCCUGGAUCAGAUCCAGGAUGACUCAGGAGACAAACCAGACCCCAGCGCCUAUGCUGUGUCGUACGGGAUGUGGAUUUUAUGGAGAUCCUAGGACAAACGGGAUGUGUUCUGUUUGCUACAGAGAGCAUUUUCCGCUGCAGCAGAAUAGUGGUAGAAUCAGCCCCAUGGGUGAGGGAGCAGCCGGUGGUUCAAACAGUCUUACCUCAGAUUCUGCAUCUACCCAGGGAGUAGGCACUAGCCUAAACAACUGUGAACAUGCUGUUGAUAAACCUGGAGAACCAAGAAAUGUGCCUGUUGCCGCUUUGCCUGUAAUGCAGCAAAUGACAGAAAUGAACAUUGCAAGAGAGGAGAAAGUAGCAGCAAAGCCAGAGAUUGAGCCAGUUGUCACUCAACCAGGCCCAUCAGUUUCUCAACCUAGUACUUCUCAGAGUGAAGAGAGAGCUCCUGAACUGCCCAAACCAAAGAAGAACAGAUGUUUCACAUGCAGAAAGAAGCUUGGCCUUUUAGGAUUUGACUGCCGAUGUGGAAACAUAUUUUGUGGAUUUCACCGUUAUUCUGACAGACAUAACUGCGCAUAUGAUUACAAAGCAGAAGCCGCAGAAAAAAUCAAGAAAGAGAAUCCAGUUGUGGUGGCUGAAAAAAUCCAGGAGAAUAUAAGUCAGCCCCCUUGUGAAAAGACUGACUAACUUGUUCAGUCUCCC